AUGCACCGUAGGAGGAAUGUCACUCGUGACGCUCGAGAAAAACCACUUCUUGUAUUCGCUCACCGAGCAAUACUCCUGGCCGUCUUUUUGUUCAAGUUCGCCUCUGCAGCCCGGGCUGGCCCGGGUCUCAUCGACCGCGCUCCUGAAUGGCUGCAGGGCAUUAUUCUGGAGCAGCUUCCCCUAACGCGGAUGGCUCAAUUGAUUUUCGUUAGUCUAGCUGUAGGGAGCGGCUACGUGGUCCUGCGCUCUUGCGCCCAAGAAGCGUCGCUGAAGAGCGUAAAUGCGGCCGAACUCCCCGCUCUACUUGAAGUCCUGAAGCUGUACUUGUUCAUGCAGACUAUCCCCGGCAAUAUCCCGCUUCUUCUGAUCUACCGAAUUCAGCUCGAGUGGAUCGGUGCGUAUCGGCGUUGUCCCGAGGCGAAUGUAAUCUCCCUGACACACAUGUCUCUGACCCCGUCUUCAUAUCAUACAGUGUCUUCGGCUGCCAACCUCAGCUCCUUUCAACUUUGCUUCUCCAUCGUCCUGUUCACCCACAGCGCAUUCUUCGCCUUCGGCAACGCGAACGCGAACACGAUCGCAGCGCUCCGAUACACCGAGGGUUUCAACGGACUUCAAGCCCACCACUGGCUGCUCAGUCCCGUGCAUACCUUCUGCAGCAAUUACGCUGGUCCGAUCUGGUAG